CCUGCCCGGCUCUCUAACCCGGAAGUGGUGCUCCGGGCCACUCCUCCCGCCGUGUGUCUAGUUGUUGUGGGCUCACUGGACAGUUGCUGCGCCGCUCGCAUCCUCCGGUUCAUGGAUCGCACGUGUGAGGAGAAGCCCACGGACGAAGUGAGCGACGAGGAGGACCCCGACUCUACGGAAGCCCCAGCCCGGAUCCGGGACACUCCGGAAGACAUUGUGCUGGAAGCUCCAGCCAGUGGGUUGGCGUUCCAUCCCGCCCGCGAUCUCCUGGCGGCUGGGGACGUGGACGGGGACGUGUUCGUCUUUCGCUACUCCUGCCAAGAGGGAGACACCAAGGAGCUCUGGUCCUCAGGUCACCACCUCAAGUCCUGCCGUGCUGUCGUCUUCUCCGAGGAUGGGCAGAAACUCGUUACCGUCUCCAAGGACAAAGCCAUCCACUUUCUAGAUGUGGAGCAGGGCCGACUGGAAAGACGCAUUUCCAAGGCUCACGGUGCCCCCAUCAACAGUCUGCUGCUGGUAGAUGAGAAUGUUCUGGCCACUGGGGACGACACAGGUGGCGUUCGCCUCUGGGACCAGCGGAAGGAAGGCCCCUUGAUGGAUAUGCGGCAGCACGAGGAGUACAUCGCUGACAUGGCCCUGGAUCCAGCCAAGAAGCUGCUGCUGACAGCCAGUGGAGACGGCUGCCUCGGCGUCUUCAACAUCAAGCGACGUCGGUUUGAGCUGCUCUCCGAGCCUCAGUCUGGAGACCUGACCUCCGUCACGCUCAUGAAAUGUGGGAAGAAGGUGGUCUGUGGCUCCAGCGAAGGUACCAUCUACCUCUUCAACUGGAAUGGCUUUGGGGCCACAAGUGACCGCUUUGCCCUGAGAGCAGAGUCCAUCGACUGCAUGGUUCCAGUGACUGAGAGUCUGCUGUGUGCUGGCUCUACCGACGGGGUCAUCAGGGCCGUCCACAUCCUGCCAAACCGAGUGGUGGGCAGCGUGGGCCAGCACGCCGGGGAGCCUGUGGAGAAGCUGGCCCUCUCCCACUGUGGCCGUUUCCUGGCCAGCAGUGGCCAUGACCAGCGCCUCAAGUUUUGGGACAUGGCCCAGCUGCGAGCAGUGGUGGUGGAUGACUACCGCCGGCGCAAGAAGAAGGGAGGGCCGCUGCGGGCGCUGAGCAGCAAGGCCUGGAGCCCAGAUGACUUCUUUGCAGGACUGAGGGAGGAGGGCGAGGACGCCGCAGCUCCGGUGCAGGAGGAGGAGGAGAGCGAGGACGAUAGUGACUGAGGGCAUGGACUGAAUCUCAGGAUGGUUCUCAGGGGGCAGCUCCUGCUUCCUGGGCUCGACCCCCAGAGGCUGGGAACUUAAAACACCCUAUUGUGCAGAACCUGAAGAUGCAGAGGCUCAGGACUCACCGUGAUGUGAGGACAUACUUGUCCUGUAGCAGCUGCUCUCCACCAGUGUAAGGCAAACCCACAGCUGGGGCAAGACAGCACAGACGCAGGUGUACACCAACCAGGGGUUUAAUAUAAAUACAACCAGCACAGAAAACUCAAAAGCUACACGUACACCAAAACCAGAAUGCCAAGUGGCAGGGGCCAAGGCAGGCUUCUGACCCUUUGGCUCAGCCAGCCCCCAAAUAAAAACAUCAGAAAAGACAAAAAA